UUCCCUAGAACUUACAUCUUCUGGCUUAUAAUGAAGGUUCUCUCCAACGUCUACAUAGUGGUGGUCAUUACAGGUGUUCUAGAGGUGUCAACUGAUGAUUGGAACUGCAAUUAUGAGGGUUGUGAAUGUUUCAGGGGUGGUAUUAACUGCGAAGGUGCCAACUGGAAGACGUUGCCAAAACUUGUGUAUUCAGAUACGGAGGAAUCACCAUCUUUGAACUUACAA